ACAAGGAAAUCGAUAUUAGCUCCUGAUUAAUUAAAAAAUAUUCUACUGAAGUUGUUUUUUCCAUUUGGAACAAGAGGUAAAAAUAGGAUUUUCAUCUUAAAUAACAGUUCCGGUAGCUAUUUUAAGAUUUUUUUCUCACCAGAAUGGCACCAAUUUAGAAAUAUUUCGUGAUGGUUUUUUAUCACUCGCUCUAAAUGAUAAAUUGAAGAAAACGAACGCCCAAACAUAGCAUCGGAUGACUCACGUACCCCACUCUCCAUAUUACAGUACUUCGGCUUCAAUGUAAUUCAAAUUGUCCACGAUCUUUUUUUUCUUCAUCAACUGUGUUUUUCUUGUUGUAAAGUGGUCCUUACGUAAGUCUUAAGUCAAUGUAAGUCUUCUUUUGCAAAUAAAGUAUUUCGUUUACGCAAGGCAAUGCGAAUUAAUACAGACGUUUUUCGACUUUGUUUGUUUUAGUUUGACAAGCCGGGAAAUAUUUGUGUACAUGUCAAGAAAUGUUUUAACAAGUGCCCACUUAUUUCAGCAGCAUCAGAAGGGAAACGAAAAUUAAGUACUGAAUUUGGAACCUAUCUUAAGUGUACUAUUAAAUUUGAAGUUAUUCGCCUAUAUUUUUAAUCUUUGAUGACUAAAACAAAAUUGACAGUUCUGUGGCAAAAAUAGCUUUAAAAACUUGAUAAGCCAACAAACGCAUGAAAAAAUCAACCAAUCGCUUUCGAGUUUUACUAUUGCGGUGAAUUGACUUCCUCUAUUUUAUGGAAAAGAAAACAAUAUAGCUACCGUCCUUGAGAGAUUGCUCUCUAAAUAUGGAGUCCCGUCGUUUGCAUAGUACAGUGUAAUUGUACACUGAGUUUUACGUUACGGAAGUCUGCGGCCCAAAUUAGGCGUUUCGGGUCAUUGGCAAAACCGGCUUUGACAGGGCAGAAAGUCGAAGUAUUUUGUCACAAUUCGAUGGCAGUAUUCGUUUUGACAAAAGAAAUUAUGACCUCCUUUUUCCCGGAUGUUGGUGGGUGGCAGAGAAAUUAGCGUCGUCGAUUUCUAAGUUGUUAAAUCAUCUGAAAGGAUGUUACAUAGCUGAUGUAAUCUUUUGCGGACUUCACCAAUCCAAAGAGCAGUUGAUUUCUAGCAGGCAGAUCAAGUCUCCAAAACCUCGCUGCGUUUUCAGGUUUUUCCGGUUGAUGCUAGAAGCUAAUUUUUUUGGCAUGAUAAUGGAGAACGGAUCUUUUCCUCCUCGCUUGACUAAUCAGUCCGAUCGCAGCAGCACAGUUGAGAAAAUAUCAACCGCAUCUCUGGUUUCUGUCGUCGCGAUGGGCUGCACAAUGGUAUUCGCUAUUUUCGGGAACAUCUUAGUGAUGAUCGCAGUUCGCCGCACCAAAAGUCUCCGAACUACAGCCGCCAUUCUUGUGGUAAACUUGGCCCUUGUGGACUUAUCGAUUACGGUCACAAUAGUGCCAUUUGUUAUGACGUUAGCAGUGACACAGGAAUGGGUAUUGCCUUCGGCAAUAUGCAAGCUAACGGGUUUCAUAAAUGCCUUCUUAACUGCGGGUCAAAUUAUGGCUUUGCUCCACAUCAGUGUAAAUAGGUACAUUGCUGUAGCACACCCUCACGCGUACGAGUCACGUUGUAACAAACAAGGAACUGUAAUUACUGUUCUUUUGGGGUGGUUUUAUUCUUUAAUAUGGACUCUACUGCCGUUCUUUGGAUGGGGCAAGCUCGGCUUCAUACAAGGCACUCUAUUUUGUAAUAUUGUCUGGUCCGAAGAAAUGUCAUAUGCGAUUACCGUGCAGGUGAUGUGUUACUUUAUACCGUCAAUUCUGGCUGGUUUUCUUUACAUAAACAUUUACAAACAUGUUCGCUUGCAAGGCAAGCGGAUAUUUGAGAAAACGAUGAGUUUAGAAUUAUCGCAGAGAGAAGUCAAAGAUCGGACUGAAUCUGGCAGAAGCAACAGCGAGGCGGGAACUCCACGAGCUGUUAGGAGUGUGACUUUUGAUAACCUCGCUGCGUCAAUAGAUGACAUUGCCGCAUCAACAGAUAACAUCACUGCAUCUAAAGACAACAUCACGGAAAUGGGAUUUUCGGAUCUCAGAAGCACGUCUACCCUGUCUCGCGCGAAACGAAGCAGACGACGUAAACUUAUGGAAACGCGUGUCACAAAGAUGCUUCUCGCAGUCGUCAUGGCGUUUGUAUUUUGUUGGAUUCCGCGAGGAAUCGCGAACCUCUGGGCGAUCUUCGAGGGCCGCGAGGCUGUCCCGCGCGCGCUGGAGUACAGUUCGACAGUGUUCGUGUUUUUCAACGCGGCAGUCAACCCUGUGCUGUACGGGGCGCUGCAUCAAGAUUUCCAGCGUGCGUUUCGGAGGAUAAUUUGUUGUGAACCAAGCUUGAACCGAAGUAGGGGUGCAACCAAUGUGAGUGCUUCUCUGGGGUAACAGGGUUACAGAGCGGAAGUAAAUUAGAGAAGCACCUCUCACAUACUGAGUAUAAGGCGAAAAAACCAACUCCCUCUAAGAUUAAGUUUUAUUUAGAAUAGAUCUGGUGGUAGGCAUUUCCACAAAUAUCACGUAAAAUCGCCCAAAUAUCUUUCCGGAAGUUCCCAAACAAUCUCCUUAAUAUCACAAAAAACAUUCCAAAUAUCUCGGAAAACCUUCGAAAUAGCUCUUGUGUGGUAAGAAUACACCGAUUUUGAAUCACUUAGGCCAAAAUGUGCAAAAGUUUCUUUCAGUAGUCGACUUUUCUAGGAAGAUCGAGAGGACCUCUGCUCGCAGGGUAACGAAGAAGAUUCAGGCGCUUCGAUGUUACCAGCAUCCGCCAUGAGAAAUUGCUGCCCUAGCGCUCUUAUUGAUAUGGAUGUAGUUUGCAAGUGAGAAAUCGUUGAACUGUAUCGUUUCUAGCAUAAAACUGAGUCUUACUUCAAGAAAAUAGCGAGGAAAACACAGGGCUAGGCCCAAAAACUCUAUGAAUGUUUUUAAAUAUCCCCAAAUUUUCUAAAUAUCUUAACAUUUUCUAAAUAUCUCGGAAACUUCUAAAUAACCCAAAAAAUAUCUGAAUAUUUGUGGAAAGGUCCAUCUGAAUAUUGGGUUGAUAACGUAUUCCGGUGCCCGGUCCCGAUUCUAAUGAUUGUGUCACAACCAAAGCAGUUACAUCUGUCCAAUCACAACAGACACAAGUAAACAAUCAGAAUUUGAAUAGAAAAAUAAUAUAAAAAAAAAAUAAGAUGAAACCGGCGCCGGAAAGCCCGGGAAGUGCUCCGAACGCAAGCCACGAGUGGUUAGGUUUUGCUUCUGAUUGGUUGAGAGAUGCAGCAUGUUUGCUGUAAUUGGUCAGAAUACUUUUCCCGCAUUUUUUUUUUUACCAAUCAAAGGUUUCAUAUUGACAGCCGAAAAUCAUGUCCUUGCUUUGGUUUUGCUGGGCUCUUUGAUUGUCAAUGACAAUGUCAAUACCACAGUUUGACUGAAGAACCACACACAACAUUACUUUGAAAGUAAAAAUGACAAGACGAUCUUUAUUGUACCGAUAAAGUAUUACAAAGAAUAAAUUAUAUUUUGCUUCUCCCA